CAAAAUGCCACUCCCAGAAAUUGGCUACAUCCUGACCUUCUUCAUGACAGAUUUGUAUGUAUGUGCAUUCGGGCUUAUUUUGAACUAGACAAGAAUAAAUAGGACAUCCAUUUGGCAUGGUGCUAAAUAAGAUGAAGACCACAUUGAAGUCAGAAACCGACAGAACAGAACAGGGGGCGUUCCACCUAAACGCCUCCCGGCUGUCUCGACAACAGCUUAUGUGUUCUGAGGGCAGUCACUCUUUGCUGUUCAGUAAGAUCGGGGAGUCAUGGCGACUACAAGCUUCCUACGAUCCGUUAACCGGGUCUUCUUCCCAAUGGGCAGGACCGCCCGCUCGGCAAGACUAAAACGAUCUCUAACUGUUCGAGGACAGACAGCCACUGCUGAAGGGGGGCUCUGGUUGCUCUCUGUACCUGCUGUUUGUUAUCUGGGGGGUGAGCUGUACCAGAGAUUUCGGAGGGCCGCAACAGUCCACGCACUCAGUCAAGUGGAAGAGGUUCUGGAACAGGCUGACUAUCUCUACAGCUCUGGGGAAACAGAGAAACUCCACCAGCUCCUACUGCAGUACAAAAGCAGUGAGGACGCAGAGUUCCUUUGGCGCCUUGCACGGGCGUGUCGUGACCUCUCUCUCAUGUCGCACGUGGAGGUAGACCAGAAGAAGAAGCUGACCUAUGAGGCGUUAGAAUACGCCACGCGGGCCCUAGAGAGGAACGACGCCUGCUUUGCUGCUCAUAAGUGGUAUGCAGUGUGCCUGAGUGACGUUGGCGAUUACGAAGGAGUCAAAGUGAAAAUUGGGAACUCCUACAUCAUUAGAGAACAUCUGGAGAGGGCAGUAAAGCUCAACCCCAAAGAUGCCACCUCUUUACACAUACUUGGCUAUUGGUGCUUUGCAUUUGCGGAGCUUCCGUGGUACCAACGCAAAGUAGCGGCUAUGAUAUUUGCCUCUCCGCCCACUGCCACAUUUGAGGAGGCCCUCGCCUUUUUCCAGCAAGCAGAGGAAGUGGAUCCUAACUUCUACAGUAAGAACCUGCUGAUGAUGGGGAAGACCUACAUGAUGAUGAAGGAUAAUGGGAACGCAUUGGCAUGGCUGACCAGAGCGCGAGAUUAUGCCCCUCACACAGAAGAAGAUAAACAGGUGCAUAAAGAGGCUGUGGAUCUUCUCAAGAAGCUCAACGCGUGAUGUAUCCCUUCUGAAGAGGAGCGACUCUGCUCCAGAUGUAGGGGCAGCUUGGAUUAUUUCAGCCUGUUUCUGUUGUUACAGUAAUUCCCUGUAAAUCUGCCUUAAUCUUGUCUGUUCCAAAGUGCUGAAUGGUUUACAAACUUCCCUUAACUUUUGAAAUGAAAUAAAAUAAAAAAGUAAUUUUGUAACACC